AUGGUUCCAUUAGGUGGAUUCCCAAUUAUUGAAGAAGAAACACAUUCAGAAGUUAAUGAGUAUAUGCAAGAAGAAAAUAUUUAUGAUUUAGAUAGCUUUUCAAUUAUCAAUGGUCCUAAUGAUGAUAAUACUUUUAAGUCUAUUAAAAAAGUAGCAACACCUUUAAUAAAUGGUAAAAGCUUAGAAAAUUAUAUACCAGAUAAAAUGUCAGAAAGUGAUGAAAAAGAUAGUAUAAAUAUUUCAAACUUACCACCAACGGAUAAACAUGGAUUUAUUCGUAGUGAGGAAGAGAUUCCUGAAGGUGGUCCAUUAACAAAACAUUUAUCAGUUGAGAUAGUGUUAAGGCGCGAGAGAAAAUGGAUAGAAAUGAUAGAGCAUUGGAAUGAUUAUAUGACAGGUAAAUUUGAUAUCAUAAAAAGGCGAUGUCGAAAAGGGAUUCCUGAUUCAUUACGAGGAAGAGCAUGGAAACAUCUUUGUGGUGCUUUUUUUCAUAUGCAUAUAGGUAAAAAUAAGAAUGUCUUUGAUAUUGUUUCACAACAACCAGCUGAUCCAAAAUAUAUUGAUGAGAUAAAGAAAGAUUUAGAUAGACAGUUUCCUGAACAUGAAUUAUUUUCACGACAAACGCCAUAUGGUGUUAAAGAUGGUUAUUGUCAGGCACAAGCCCCAAUUGCUGCUGUAUUAUUAAUGUAUAUGCCAUUAAAAGAAGCAUUCUAUUGUUUUGUACAAAUAUGUCAUAAAUAUCUUCCUGGUUAUUUUACACAUGAUAUGGAACAAAUAAAAAUUGAUGGUGAAGUUUUGAAAUAUAUAAUGAAAGCAAAAUGUCCAAAGGUAUAUUUUCAUAUGAAAAAAAAUUUAGUUGAACCUAGUAUGUAUUUGAUACAAUGGUUUAUGUGUAUAUUUUGUAGAACAUUACCAUGGCCUUCAGUUCUUAGAAUAUGGGAUAUGUUUUUCUGUGAAGGUGUAAAAGUUUUGUUUAAAGUUGCUUUAGUAAUUAUAUCAGAAACUUUUGGAAAUAAAAAAGCUCUUGAUGAAUGUCCUGAUCAGGGAUCAAUAUUAAUAAAAUUAAAAGAAUUACCAAAAGAAUUAUUAUCUGAAGAUGUAUUAAUAAAAAAAGUUUUAGAUAUUAAUCUUGAUGAAUAUGAUUUAGAAAGAGCUCAUUAUCGAAUUGUUAAAACACGGAAAUUAAGAAGUGAUACAUAUACUUGA